AUGACAAGUAAACAUAACUCUAAACAAAAGAAGGCCAGAAUUGUUCUUCUUUUAGAGGAAGGAUAUAUUACUAGAGAAAUUGCAAAGAGAAAAAAGGUCUCUCUAGCAACUGUCUCAAGAACAGGGAAAAGGAAAAGUGAAACAGAAAGUCUUGAAGAUUGA